GCUGCGGGCCGAGCACGUCGAUGCAGACGCGCCAGGCGCCCGCAGUCCGCUGAGCGCUGCAGCCGGGCCCGCCGCCUUCUCCCGCCGCCCGGGGCAGGUGUUGCUGUCCUGGAGAAGCCGGCGGACCACUGUGGACCCUUCAUGCAGGAUGCUGUGUUCUCUGCUCCUUUGUGAAUGUCUGUGGCUGAUAACCAGUUAUGCUUAUGAUGAUGACUGGAUCGACCCCACAGACAUGCUGAACUAUGAUGCUGCUUCAGGGACAAUGAGAAAAUCUCAGGGGAAAUACGGCAUAUCAGAGAAAAAAGAGGUCAGUUCUGACUUGCCAAUGGCUGAUGAAUUGUCAGAGUGUUACAGCAGACUUGAUUCUUUAACUCAUAAGAUUGAUGAGUGUGAAAAGAAAAAGAUGAAAGACUAUGAAAGUCAAAGCAAUCCUGUUUUUAGGAGAUACCUAAAUAAGAUUUUAAUUGAAACCAAAAAGCUUGGACUUCCUGAUGAAAACAGUGGUGAUAUGCAUUACGAUGCUGAGAUUAUCCUUAAAAGACAAACCUUGUUAGAAAUACAGAAGUUUCUCAAUGGAGAAGACUGGAAGCCAGGAGCCUUGGAUGAUGCACUGAGUGAUAUUUUAAUUAAUUUUAAAUUUCAUGAUUUUGAAGUGUGGAAGUGGCGAUUUGAAGAUUACUUUGGCGUGGACCCCUAUAAUGUGUUCAUGGUGCUUCUGUGUCUGCUCUGCAUUGUGGUCUUAGUAGCUACUGAGCUGUGGACAUAUGUUCGUUGGUACACCCAGCUGAGACGUGUUUUAUUCAUCAGUUUUAUCUUCAGUCUUGGAUGGAAUUGGAUGUACUUAUACAAGCUCGCUUUCGCACAGCAUCAGGCCGAGGUCGCCAAGCUGCAGCCGUUAAACAACGUGUGUGCUGAGAAGAUGGACUGGGCCGGAAGUCUCUGGGAAUGGCUUAGAAGUUCAUGGACCUAUAAGGAUGACCCAUGCCAAAAAUACUAUGAGCUCUUAUUAGUCAACCCUAUCUGGUUGGUCCCACCAACAAAGGCACUGGCGGUUACGUUCACCAACUUUGUCUCCGAGCCUUUGAAGCACAUUGGUAAAGGGACUGGCGAAUUUAUUAGAGCGCUCAUGAAGGAGAUUCCGGUUUUACUUCACAUCCCAGUGCUGAUAGUUAUGGCGCUGGCCGUCCUGAGUUUCUGCUACGGUGCUGGAAAAUCAGUUCAUAUGCUGAGACCUUUAGGUGGUCCUGAAAGAGAACAGCCCCCGGCCCGUCAGCUGGGUGACAAACGUCGGCAGCAGGAAAUUGAUUAUAGACCCCAUGGUGGAGCAGGUGAUGCAGAGUUUCAUUAUAGGGGGCGAAUUGGCCCCACUGAGCAAGGCCCUUAUGACAAAACGUAUGAGAGUAGAAGAGAUGUUUUGAGAGAGAGAGAUGUUGACUUGAGAUUUCAGACUGGCACCAAGAGCCCAGAAGUGCUUCGGGCGUUCGACUUACCAGACGCAGAGGCACGAGAGCAUCCCGUGGUGGCGCCCCGCGCCAAGUCACCUAUUUUGGAUACAAAGCCCAGAGAGAUUGGUGGAAUCCCAGGAGAAAGCACACCAACCGAAAUCAGUCCUAAAAGCGGCCAGCCUCCUGCACCUGUCUCUGGCCAGGAGCCGUCCGGGAAUGUGGAAGGUUCACCCACAGCAGCAAAGGCCCAGCCCAGGACCAAUGCCAAAGGCAGCCCAGAGGACAGCAGCACGACCAGCCCCUCGGGCACUGUGGCAGAAGCAGGCGGAGGGGAUCCGGACGGCGGCCCACGCGGCUAGGGGGACGAGGCUUGGAUCACAGCCCCGAGGUCACCUUUGGAUUUUGUAAAGUAGUCUCUUCACAACUGUUUACUACAAAUAUUCCGAGAUGUACUACACAGGUGCCAACUUAAACAUUAACAUUUUUACUGAUCAGAAUUCAUAUAUGUAUUUGUUUAAUUUCUUCUUUCAUCUGUUUAACUUCUCUCUGAUGUUAAGAUACAUCCCAUAAAGUUGUGAAGCAUUAAUUUUGGAACAGGAUCUAUAAAACAUGUGGCAGGCAUCACUAAUUUUGAAUAAUUAAGGAGGCCAGUUUGAAUGGUGGACAUUGAAAAAGAAGUUUUAUUUACAGGCAUUUAUAGGAACCAACUAACCGAAGUGUGUGUUGCCUGGUGGAAGUAUUCUGAUACCCACUUUAGUUAACAGAAUAAUUUGUUGUACGUUGGAUUUCAAGGAAAGCCUGCUGUUGUCAAGUUUAUUUAUGUACCUCAGCGGCUCAGUCCGGCGGGAGGCAGCACGUCGCCCACACAUCAAAGUGGCUUUGUAGCGUCCUGUCCUGCCUCCACCUCUCAAUUCCUGCCGCUGUUACUGGGCCUGCUUCCUCACCCACCUUUUUUUUUUUUAGCUAAGACGGAACUGACGAUCACCAGGGGAAUUUAGAUAACAGCUUUUAAAGUCAGUCUUAUAAAGUGAAUAGACUUUGAGAAUGGCUUUGUUCUUUCCCCACCAGAUGAAAUACACGGGCUUUUAAAGACCUAUUUUCCUGGCUACUCAGAAUCCCAGCAGUUGCAACUGUUAGAUAUUACGGUAUCUUAUUUAUAUUACAGCAAACCAUAUUGUUCGGGCCAUAGGAAGUUCUAAGUUUUAGGGAUCUAUACAUAGAGAAGAAUGCCAUAAGGAAAACAUGGUGUUUUUCUUAACUAUAGACGGGUGAUACAAUCAACAUUUUUAAUUCUGAUUUUUAAAACUAUUCUUUAAACUUUUUUUAAAAAGCAUAAAUUUUGCUGGUACCUACCUAAAAAGCAAAUUUCACAUACAUUCAGGUGUCCUUUGAUUUAACCUUGAAACUAAAAGUUAUGUUCAGUUGCUUAGUAAGAAUGAUACCAGUUAGAAAUAGUCUUAUAAUUUUCAUUCAGGUAUUUGUAUCAGGGAAAAAAAGCAUUUUCAAAGUAUUUGCUUUCUGCUAUGUUUUUUAAAUAAGUGUAGGAUAUACCCCCCUCCCCCCCUUUUUUUUUUGGCUCCCAGAAGUGUUGUGUAGGUGUCUGGAACAAGUUAAUUUUACAUGUUAAUAUUUUCUAGCUUAAUAUUGCAACAUCUUUAGUAUUUCAUCAGAGAAGUGAUAAUUUUUCCCAAGAGAUACAAAAAUAACUUUAUAUAAAAAUUUAUAACAGUAGGCAUAUAUUAACCAAGAAUGAAAGGAAGCCUGCAGUUUCAAAUAACAGAUUUGUGAACGUCGACGCAUAUAAAGUAGUCCUCCCUGGGACUACUCCGAGACACGUUCACACAGGUGACUGUGCUCCCAGGGCAGCCAGUGUCCUCUGCACUGUGAUUUGACCCUGAAGGGCACCGAGUGCCUCAGCCGGUGCCGUGACUGUGACAGUAGAGUUCAUGCUUUUUGCACUCCUGACUUUUUAUCAAUCCAAAAAUCUCAAAAAGAAAAAAUUUUAAGUAAAAUUUCACCUUUGUAUUCUUUCAUUACAGAUAAAUAUUUGGGGUUGAAAUCUACUUUGAUAGCAAGGCAACAUGCUACUGCCACGGAAUGACAGCCAUUAGUCAUGCAAGUUGAACAUGCGUUAGUCAUGCAAGCUGAACAUGAUUAUCAAGGCCGGUUUAUAACUAGAAGAGAUGGCCUUGUUUAUUGUAUAUCCAGUAUUUAUCACUAAAAUUAAGGCUUAUAGUUAUAAGUUUUUAGGAAAAUCAGAAUGGGACAGACAGCUUUUAAAAGUAAUUUUUAAAUGGAAUAAUGUUGAAUGUUUACAAGGCCUAAGAACUACCACAUAUACAAAAUAAACCCUUAUUUUACAUUACUGUGCUUGA